AUGGAUACACACCUCAGCGAGAAGGGCGCCGCCGCCGCAGCCACGACGACGACGACGACGACAUCCAACGCCUCCAUGACCACUCUCGCCAAGACCGUCUCGGCCUCGUCCCAGCAGCAGGCCAACAUCGAGUCCCUGCCGGCGUACGUGAUGGAAUGGAGCCCGCAGCAGCGCAGGGUGCGGUUCCUGCGCACGACGGACGACCUGGCGACGGAGCUCAGCCCGGCCAACUGCGAGCGCCUCAACGACUCGCUCAAGCGCCUGUUCGUCGUCCACGGCAGCCCGCAGCAGUACGUGGGCCCGCUGCAGCGCGCCCUCGCCAUCGACCCGCUCUUCAUCAGGGCGCACGCCCGGCGCCGCCGGUACUCGCCCGUCCACCGCCGGCCCGGGGACCGCUGGGCCUGCUUUGAGUACCCUGAGCUGUGCUCGUAUGGCAAGACUGAUGGGCAGGACGCUGAGGCGGAGGCUGGGGCGCAGAUGGAGUUGCCUGCGUAUCCGCUCUCCGAUGGGAGCGCUGAUGCUGUUAUGUUCUGUCGGGCGUCACUGUGGCUCAAUGGGGAGAAUGAUGGUGUCCUGUUCCUCGAGGACCCCCCAUGGGCAGGCACAUCGCCCCUCAUGCGCAAGCAGACGACAAUGGUCGCCCUGCACGCAGCAGCAACGGACAACACCGGCAGCCGGGAUGACGAGAGCGUGGACGAGCACCACGCGAGCCUCGAGAUCAUCCUGCAGGAGGCCCUCCGGGACCCGGAGCACAUGCGCCACGGGAUCCGCGCCCUGCUGUCGGAGCUCCUGGCCGUCGAGCACAACCUCAACGUCACGCGGUACCUCACGAGGUGGCGCAUGCCGAUGCCCAUCACGGCCACCGAGUGGGAGGGCCUGCUGGACCGCAACGCGCGGCGCGUCGACCUUGCCACCGUCGCGGCGGGAGGGGCGCGCGCCAUCGCCGAGGAGUUCCGCUCCAUCCAGGCGGGGAGUAACCCCAAGAGGGCGCUCGCGCCGGGCGAGAAGGACGAGAACUCGCGGGGGCUGGACAGGAUCUCGUACCUUGGUGGCAUCCUGCUGCCCUUCACCAUCGUGCCGUCCAUCCUGUCCAUGGGCGACCCGUUCGGUCCCACGGGUGGCAUGUUCUGGGUAUUUUGGGUCGUGUGCGCGCCGCUGACUGUCCUCGCCCUGCUGUUCAUCUACGCCGACUCUAUCCGCAAGGCUACCGUCUGGAUCGAGGUCGCUGCGGACGAGGCCAAGAUGGAGGAGCAGGCGGGUCAGUCGACUGGGGUCGUCGAGGAUGAUGGCACUGUUGAGCCGAAGCCCCUGCUCGGUAGUAGUGGCACGGCCAGGCCUGAUGACGUUAUGGAAGAGGGCGUCGAGACCUUCCCCACGGUGGUCAUCCGGAAGCCACAGGAUGGCCGGCCAGCCAGGGCUUACAAGAGGCAGGAGCUGGGGUGGACCGGUGCCAUGAAGAGCAUGGUUGGGUACGGGUACAAUGAUCGGUUGCAAGAGCCUGUGCCCGUUGAAAGUGUGAGAAGGCCGAGUACGAACCUGCGGCGGCCCAUGAACAGGACCUAUACUGGCCAGUCCCGGGGUUAUGCUUAG